AUGAAGCGAUGGGGUUUACGUGAAGAUGUCAACCUUCGUUCUAUUGGGAAGGGUUUCAUCAUCUUCAACUUCGAGAAUGAAGAUGACAUGGUUGCAAUCUGGAGGAAAAGCCUGAUACGCGUGGAUGGCCAGUUGCUACGCUUUCAACCGUGGCGAAAAGAUUUCACUACGCAAGAGCAAGUCAUCACUCAUCGUUUACAAUGGAUUCGGCUUCCCCAUUUGCCACAGGAGUACUGGCAUGAAGAAAUAUUAUUGUCCAUUGCGAAAGCAGUGGGUAGGCCUAUCACCAUUGACAAGCGAACUAGGGACUCCUUCUAUGGUCACUUUGCAAGGGUCUGUGUAGACGUGGAUGAAUCCAUUCCCCGAGUAGAGGAAGUCUACGUAGAGCGUGAACAAGAAGGAACCUCUGAUCUAUUUGUUUUUAAACAACCAGUAAUUUAUGAAGAUCCCCCUACGCGUUGUCCGGUGUGUCACAAGUUUGGACAUCGACGUGAAGCCUGUCCGGAUCAGAAUUUGGAGAAUACAGAAGAGACGGGUGUGCCUGGUGCAAAUUAUGUAGAUCAAGCGGUGGCUGAUCACAAAAAUCAUCGGCGAUCCAGACGUCGGCGACGAUCCUCAGAGCAGGGCAUGAAGGUGAACAACGGUGCACAGAUCUGUGGCGAGAAUCUUAGUGACGUACAAGCACCCAACUUGGAAAAGGCGCAUUUAGAGGAGUCACCUUGGGCGGUUAUACAUGUGUCUCCAUCUCAUGCAUUCUCUAAUGCCAUGCAACAUGUGGAAACGGCUAAAUGCACGGAUAUUUUGGGGCAAUCCAAUUCAGAAUUAGAGAAAGAUUCCAACCCUCUUUUGGUUUCCAGAGUUGGUGAUUCUCUCUCCAUCAAUAUAGGAGAGGGUCGUAUCCCAGGCGACGUAUCCGGUGAACCCUUAUCGGGUGAGGUGGCAGCAUCAUCGAACAACUCGAUCAGCUCUAUUGCGAACCGCAGGGGGGAAGGGGGUUCAUCCACCUUAGUUUCUUGUUAUGACCAAGGUCGCACUGCCGUGGUUACACAUGCCAAUCUAGACCGUGAGCAGCCUGUCGAAGGUGCACCAUUCCAAAGGGUGACGAGUCGACGUAACUCCAGGGAGAAGCACAUCCUUCAGGAAAACAUUGUCACUGGCUCUCGUAGACGGCUGCAAGGAAUGCAGGAAGUUUCAUUGGUGGAGGGCAUUCUUCGAGAAGCCGAAGGUGAGGGCACCUCUGCAGGGGGCCACACUCUCUCUAGCUCACCUCUCCUAUGCAGUGCCUCUUCUGGAACAUAA